AAUGAAACUUAUUUUGGUCAUUUUUCUCUUUGAGUGAUGUUUUUGUAACAAAACUUAUAAGAAACUAUUUAAGAGAAUUAUCCAAUAUUGUAUGUAUCACUAUUAUUAUUUUUUAAUUUGAAAGAAAAAGUAAAUAAUCAUGCUAUAUUAUUUAAAAUAAAUAAAUUAUAUAUUUACUUUACAAAAAAAUGGUAAAAAGAGGUAAUAUAUAUUUAUAAAAAUCUAUACUAAUCUUAAAAAUUUAUGAUCAUAUUUCAUAAGUCAAUGUAUAUAAAUUUUCAUAAUCCACAUAGUUUUUUUAAAUUUAUCGACUUUUAAAUUCAUAAACUCUAUACAAAUUCACCUCAGUAACCUCUUAGCGAAUUGUUUUUCCAUACAUUUAUGUUUACUCCUACAACCGUUUCGAGUACGAAACCAACUUAUAAGAGAAUGAACAUUGAUAUGACUUUGCCCGUAUGAAUUGCACUAUAAAGUCCUAAAGUAUCUAACACGUAUUAAUAGCAGUAAUUAAUAGAUACACACAUAUAAUAAAGAGAUCUCAUAAAUAAAUUUAUAAAUAUGAAAUAUAAAAAUUGGACAGGGUGUCAUAAUAAUUUAUGGGGACAGCUCUCGUGGCUAUGCAUUUAUGACCACUAACAUGCAAGGGCACGGAUGCAUGCAUAUUUUAGUCAUAUAUACUUGUUAGAUUCUUCUUUAAAAUUACUUAUAUUCAAUAAAAUACAUCUUAAAAUGUUCUAUCAUUAUUUAAAUACAUUCUAUCAUAUUCAACUAGAUCUGGUUUAGUUAUUAGUAUUUCUUUUCUGUGAACUUCGAAUUUUCGCAUUAUAAAAGGGUUUUAAUCACCUGCUGACAAAAUAAGUAUUUUAGGUCGACAGUUAUUUUAUGUAUUUCAAAGAUAUUGUCAGUUUCUCGUAUGGGAGUGAUCGGAACAUAUUUAUUGGUAUCUUACUUCACGACCCCAUGUCAACUCUUAUGUAGGUAAUUUGUCCCCACUUAAUUAAGUUUUAGUUGUUUAUUAGCUCAAAUGCAUUAACUGCCUCGUUUCCAAACUCUUUCUACUAUGUAGUAUGAUUUUAUUAUACAUAGUUAUGCAGGAAACACUAAUUAACAGCAUCUGCUAAUCAAUAUGAUUUUGCAGGGAAAUUGUAUCACUGUUCUGUUAGUAUUGGUUAUCAGUACAGUAGAUUCCAUAUCAACACUAUAAAUGUAUAAAUAUAUUCUAGUUUUCUUAAGCUUUGUGUGCUUGCUUUCAUAUUGUUCUAAUCAUCUUUUCAUAUGACAAAAUGGUAGAAAACUUGUGUAUUCAUAUACUUAACAUUAUAUAGCACAUAAAAGUGUACUUAGGUUUAAUGAUCUUCUUAGUUGCAUGCAUAUAUCUUAAUUGUUGGUACAUUUUAAUAGAAUGACUUGAUUGAUAUAUUUAUUGCAUUUACAUUUUUGCGUAGGUCUAUUUUUAUUUUUUUUUGUCGUUCAAAAAAAAACUAUAUGGUUGUAGUCUUAUAGGGACACUAUGAACGACUGUAAUCACACACACUGCAAAAAAAAAUGCCAUAAAUAUGAAAACAGAGGACAUAGCAGAUCCAAUUGAAUAAUGUUUUAAUAAAAUCUUUGAUGAAUAAACUAAAAUAGACGUAUUUUAAUAAUAAUUAAAAUAUUGAGAUCUUAACAAUUAAAGAGUGUAGAGUAAAACUCACUUCAUUUGCGUCAGAACUCCCGGGAAAAAGAAAACAAAAUGUCGGUUUCACUUCAUAACUUUCUCACUCAAUUUCCCGGAAAGUUACAAAGGCAUUCCUUUUUCAGGUUCUGAAGUCAAGUCACAGAAACACAAAAGUAGAAGCACAAAAAGGGCUGGAGCUUUAGCUAUUUUUGUAUUCUUGAAGCAUGAUCUUGACUUUCUGAUAAAGAUAAUUCUAAUACAAAGAGCUCUCAAAAAGUGUGAGAAAAUGUUGGCUCUAAUGAAUUGUGCUUCUUCAUCUUUCUCAUCCUCUUCGUCUUCGUCUUCCUCUUCCUCUCCCACUUCUUCUUCUUCAUGUUCUCCAAGGAACAGAGAAAACAUGGUUGUGCAGAGUGGUGUUGAUGUGUCAUCUCCAAGUUUCUCUUCAGACACAAAACUUAUUGAUAAGAAUAUAAUUACUCACAAAAGCUCCAAUCUCUGUCUCAUCCCAAAGUCUUCAGAAGAAUUGAAGAAGGAGAUUGCUUCAAUCGAGUUAGAGAUUCUACACAUGGAACGUUAUCUAUUGUCACUCUACAGAAAGUCUUUCGAACAACAAGUUUCGUCCUUGUCUAAUCUCUCUGCAAAAACGUUAAAACGUUCAGUGACUACUUCACCAUCAUCAUUAACUCUCUCAAAUAACUACCAGUCUUACGAGAAACCGAUCUCGUAUCCUCGGAGUUUCAACACUAGCUUGAAAGCCUUAUCUUUAAGGGAAGGGACUAGAGAAGUAUCUGUUAAGCAGAGUCUUGGAGAGCUUCUUGGAUCAUCUCUUAUAGUUGAUGAUCACAACAACUUAAUAAACCCGAAUAAACUCUCUGAAGAUAUCAUGAGAUGCAUAUCUUCUGUGUACUGUACACUUUCAAGAUGCUCAUCAACAAGAAGAGACUCCUCAGCUUGUUUCUCUGCUUCUCCUCUUUCAUCAUUGUCGAAUUCAUCAACCAUUUUCUCUUCAAAAUCCGAGAAAUGGAGUCUGCAUUGCGCUAGUGAGGAUCAUAGUCAAGAUCAAGGCAAUGUUUUGCCUUGUGGUGCUCUUGUAAUAGAUGCUCUUAAAGUACACUUGGAUGAUAGUAGUUUCAGUUAUGCUGCUCUUAUGCUUCAAAAAUUCAGAUCAUUGGUUCAGAAUCUCGAGAAAGUUGAUCCGAGUAGAAUGAAACGUGAAGAGAAGCUUGCGUUUUGGAUCAACAUUCACAAUGCUCUUGUGAUGCAUGCUUACUUAGCUUAUGGAACUCACAACCGUGCAAGAAACACCUCUGUUUUGAAGGCAGCUUAUGAUAUUGGAGGCUACCGCAUAAACCCUUUCAUCAUACAAAGCUCAAUCUUAGGAAUCAGACCUCAUUACUCAUCACCAUCACCUUUACUCCAAACACUGUUUUCACCUUCAAGAAAGUCCAAAACAUGCAGUGUGCGACACGUUUACGCGUUGGAAUACCCCGAGGCCUUGGCUCAUUUCGCUAUUUCCUCAGGAGCAUUCACAGAUCCCACGGUUCGAGUUUACACUGCGGAUAGAAUCUUCCGUGACCUAAGACAAGCGAAGAAAGAGUUUAUCAGAAGCAAUGUUCGUGUUCACAAAGGGACAAAGAUAUUGUUGCCAAAGAUCUUUCAGCAUUAUGUUAAGGACAUGUCAAUGGAUGUGUCUAAGCUCAUGGAAGCAACAGCUCAGUGUUUACCAGAGGAUGCGAGGAGGAUCGCUGAGAAAUGUUUGAAGGAGAAGAAGAGCAAGAGUUUUGAAUGGUUACCUGAAAACUUGAGUUUCCGGUAUGUCAUUGCCGGAGAAUUGGUCGGAGGAAGAAACAAGACCUCAUGAUGGAUGGUCUUAUUACUUUUUUUAUUCAUAGAAGUUUUGUGUGUGUUUGGCCUCAAGAUGUGAUUAAAUAAUUAAAAUUACCAUUAGUGUUUGAUUUCAUAUUUUUGUAUUUCAGACUGGUGUAAAGCAAGAGUUUUUCAAGUGAAAAAAAAUUGUAGAGUA